AUGGGUGCCUACAAAUAUUUGGAAGAGCUCGCUAGAAAGAAGCAAUCUGAUGUCGCUCGUUUCUUGCUCCGUGUCCGUUGUUGGGAAUUCAGACAAUUGAACGUCAUCCACCGUGCCUCUCGUCCUUCUCGUCCCGAUAAGGCUCGUCGUUUGGGUUAUAAGGCCAAGCAAGGUUACGUCAUCUACCGUAUCCGUGUCCGUCGUGGUGGCCGUAAGAGACCUGUCCCCAAGGGUGCCACCUACGGUAAGCCUGUCAACGAAGGUGUUAGCCAACUCAAGUACCAACGUUCUCUCCGUGCUACUGCUGAAGAACGUGUUGGCCGCAAGUGUGCUAACCUCCGUGUCUUGAACUCCUACUGGAUCAACCAAGAUGCCACUUACAAGUACUACGAAGUUAUCCUUGUUGAUCCUUCUCACAAGGCUAUCCGUCGUGAUCCUCGCAUCAACUGGAUCGUCAACGCUGUUCACAAGCACCGUGAAGCUCGUGGUCUCACUGCUGUCGGCAAGAAAUCUCGUGGUCACAACAAGGGUCACCUCUUCAACAACACCAAGGGUUCUGGUCGUCGUGCCACCUGGAAGCGUCGCAACACUCUUUCUCUCCGUCGUUACCGUUAA